GAAAAUGCUCAAACAUUCUCCAGUGUUUGCAGCACGCAGUUGACUCAUCAGCUGCACAGUUGAAGGCUCCGGUCACAUUGUUGACGAGCAGCUAGGACCUGCCUCCAUUUUUCUUGGCACUUGGCCUUUGAGCAAAGGGGGCCCAAGCCGGGUAAAGUAGGAUGGGAGCUGGAGCCAGCGCUGAGGAAAAACGCUCCAGGGAGCUGGAGAAGAAACUGAAGGAGGAUGCCGACAAGGAUGCAAGAACUGUCAAGCUGCUGCUGCUAGGUGCUGGAGAAUCAGGCAAAAGCACUAUUGUCAAACAGAUGAAAAUUAUCCACAAAGAUGGUUACUCGCUUGAAGAAUGCUUGGAGUUUAUUACCAUCAUCUACAGCAACACCCUGCAGUCCAUCAUGGCCAUUGUGAAGGCCAUGAACACGCUCAAUAUCAACUACGGGCACUCUGAUCAGCAGGAUGAUGCCAGGAAACUCAUGCAUCUUGCAGACACCAUUGAGGAAGGCACCAUGCCUAAAGAAAUGUCAGAUAUCAUUCUGCGUCUGUGGAAAGAUUCUGGCAUACAGGCAUGCUUUGACAGAGCUUCAGAGUACCAACUCAACGACUCUGCUGGAUACUAUCUGAAUGACUUGGAGCGACUGAUCCAACCAGGCUACGUGCCCACUGAGCAGGAUGUGCUGCGAUCAAGAGUGAAGACCACUGGUAUCAUCGAAACUCAGUUUUCUUUCAAAGAUCUCAAUUUCAGAAUGUUUGAUGUGGGUGGUCAGAGGUCAGAGAGGAAGAAGUGGAUCCAUUGUUUCGAAGGCGUGACCUGUAUCAUCUUCAUUGCCGCUCUGAGCGCCUAUGACAUGGUCCUGGUGGAGGAUGAUGAAGUGAAUCGCAUGCACGAGAGUCUGCACUUAUUUAACAGUAUCUGCAACCACCGCUACUUCGCCACCACCUCCAUCGUACUCUUCCUCAACAAGAAAGACGUGUUCGUUGAGAAGAUCAAGAAAGCACAUCUCAGCAUGUGUUUCCCUGAAUAUGAUGGCCCCAAUACCUAUGAGGAUGCUGGUAACUAUAUCAAAAUGCAGUUCUUGGACCUGAACCUCCGCAGAGACGUCAAAGAAAUCUACUCUCACAUGACGUGCGCUACCGACACAGAGAACGUCAAGUUUGUGUUCGAUGCCGUAACCGACAUCAUCAUCAAAGAAAACCUGAAGGAUUGCGGUCUCUUCUAAAAAAACACGCAGAAAACCAGAUGAAGGGUGCUGGUGCAGCCCUAUCACAUUUCACAGAUCCUUUUCUCAAUUCAAACUGAGGCCUGAAGAUGAAAACUGCCCCUGCAAGCAGCCAUCCUCAAAUCAGCGAAUGCAAAAAAUAAAAAUCUAUUUCUUGUGUUCAAAAUUAAGUUCUAGCUUUGACCAAGGACUUCUUUUCAGAUAGCUCCAAAUUCAGAAACUUCUGUGCAGAUUUCAGAUGAGUUGAAUUUUAGUUCAUCUAACUUUUCUCUCAAGUCUCUUGAACUGGUCUUUGGGGGGGGCAUGCAGUGUGUAGUUAAAACAUCAGGAGCUUCUGUCAGCAAACAGUGAUUUUUUUCUCAUGUAAUGUGAAAACAUUUCCAGCUAAUGCAUUGUCUCUGUGUUACGGUAAGUGAUCAGUGUAUGGCCAAAAGGGCAAAGAAGAUGACCUAACCACCUGCAUAUGCACUUCAGCCUCUGUUAGAUAUUUUAACAGAACCUUUCACUAGAAACGGCUUUUAUGUACAAACACAAUACAGCAGUUUGUAACAUAACUCGAGCAUGUCACAAAUUGAACUUUUCAUGAAAGUGUUAGGAAAUCUAACUCUUUACAAUAGUUGAAAAUGGCCAGUGUAUAUACUUAAGCAGAUUUCUAUUGGACAGUUAAUUAAGUAUGGCGACACCAUGUUGAUGAUAUGUAACAAAGUCGAGGGAUAGAUUUGUCAAAGAUUUGUUUAAGUUAAUUAAAACUCUGGGCCUUUGAGCCAACAAUUCUGUACAGAAACCACUAAUUGUAUUCCUUGAUCAAAGUUAUUAAAGCUUCUGUAGAAAACUCAGUACUUCUCAGUCUUUCACAAAUUAAAAGCAACUCUGCA